UGUGCAUGUGGCAUUGAUUUAAAACAACUGUCUCGCUUGAAACAUUCUAUACAAAAUCAUUCAUCGCGUUUUAUUCAUUCAAAACGAGCUAGCUAGUCACUCCUUUGAGUUUUGUUUCACUUCCACCACCAACAAUGGCUGAAAAGCCGAGUUCAGAAGCUGAAAGCAGUAGAACCAAGUCCUCAUCUUCUUUACCAGCUCCAUUUUCAUCUGGGUCAACUAGGUAUCUGCACGACUUGGUCUCAAAGCACUCGUCCAACGAACCAACAACACAGAACCUGGAACAGAAGAGACUUCCAAAGAGAACAAGAGAUAGUAGUGAUAGUGAUUCUAAUAAACACCACCCAGUUUACAGAGGAGUUCGUAUGCGUAGUUGGGGCAAAUGGGUGUCCGAAAUUCGCCAACCUCGCAAGAAAUCACGUAUAUGGCUUGGUACUUACGCUACUCCAGAAAUGGCUGCCAGAGCCCACGAUGUCGCCUCCUUGAGUAUCAAAGGCAACUCGGCGGUCCUCAACUUCCCUGAACUCAGUAAGUCAUUGCCUCGCCCGGCUUCACUUUCUCCACGUGACGUCCAAGCUGCAGCAGCUAAAGCCGCAGCAAUGAAGGAUUUACAUGACUACUCUAAUUCACUGAGUACUUCACCCUUGUCAACGAGCUCAACUGAGGAACUGGGUGAGAUAACCGAGUUGCCGAGUUUAGAAGGGAGCGUUGACUCGUGGUGGGUGCCGGAAACUGAUUUUUGUCGGUAUUUAUCUAGUCAGAUUCCGGCUGAAAGUCUUCUUCCGACCAGCUUUGAGACACUGAUAUGGGAUUGUUAG